AUGAGCGGCCGGCACGCGCGUCUUCCCGCAAGGGUGACGCAGACGCGAGUGAAUAAGUGUCAUCGGAGAGUCAGCCCCUGUCAGCCUGGUGAGUUGAUUGGAUGAUCGUGCAGUUUGUUGGCUCCUGCGAUUGGUUGUCCUCGGGACGGCCAAAUGUGCGCCUAUUCCAUCCGUUUGGAAGUCGGUGACUGUAUAACUAUGGAUGCAAACGAAUACACGGGCUCUGGAUAGCAGUUCGGAAGAUCGCGAUCACAUGAUGCCUCACUCAACGUAAGUGUCAGAGGUAGAGGACCUAAACGUGCUUGAGGCGCUGCGAACGAUUGUCUCAAAGCUUCUCGUAACCAUUUUCAACUUACCUACCCUGACCUUUUUGCAGUUAGAAAUGGAACCCGACUGCCUGGUUCCGGUCUCGCUCUUCCUCUCUCGCUUCCUUCUCUCCAGUUGUUUGUUAAUCAACCCUUCCGAUGUCCAUGCAAUAAAUUGCCCAGGACGUUAACGCGUCAUUUACCGCGUGAAUUUCCAGAUUACUCGUAUGCUUUUGACAGUAACAGAGCCUAUAAAUGUGGUCCUCCAGCUUCUUCAUUCAUCAAAUCGCAACUUUUGCCCCCUCCGGACCGCAGUUCCGUAAGUCUGACGGUGGUACAACCGCACAUCUUCCCACUGAUUGUGACGUAAUUCAAGGCGUUACCUUUCACUUCAUCCUGUUUACAUAAGGUCGUCCAAGCACUUCUUGGGCGAUCUUAAGUAAGCAGAGUACCGGUGAGGAGAUUGUUCGCCACAUUGUCGAAAAUAUGACUGAUCUAAAAUGCCCUAAGGAUAACUCUGAUCAUGACUCGGCACGGUUGUAGCGACUAAGGGGGGACACCGUGCUCAGAGGGCUACAAUCAUCAGGCCAAAUCCCGACUUGUGAUGAGAAGACUGGAGACACCAGAAUGAGGGGUUUAUUGUGCACAGAACCCUGAGUUGUCCGUCCAGGCGGCGGUGGUCGUUGGUAAAACCAGGGUCGAUAUUGGCUGCGUCCGCUGAAGCCUGAGAGCUUUUGAGACCGUGUUGGCAGCCGCUUUUGUAGACUCAUAGGUCAAGCUCAAGUGGUCCCCAAUGGGUGUGUGUUGCAUUUGCCGAGGGGUGGUGUUUAAGUUGUGGUUGCAGGGGGAGGUGAGUUCAAGUAGCCGCGAGUGGUUUCAGGCCAGCGCGUCUGCAAGGGACGAGUGACCUUGAGACAGCGAGACCGUGGACAAGGUCGCCAGACGUAGCCAUGAUGGCUGUCGGCAACACCGUCGCUAGAGAAUUUCCUCGUACUUAACAGCCGGAUGGCAUUGUGGUACAUUUCUCACCUGCCUUUAUCAACCGCUUUACAUUCCUCCAGGUGUAGGUUCGCCCUUCGGAUGUUACCUUGUCUCCACUGAUUCUUGGUGUGGACCCAUCUUCAAUUAUAUUCGUAAAUUUUGCAAUCAAUUCAUCUUCUACCUUCAGACCGCAGCCAGUAAUUCUGCCAUUUGUCUGCUCUAUCAAAAACAUACAGCAGGUGGGCUAAGUCAGAAAAUGAUAACCGGAAUUCUGAAACGUGUUUCCAAUUAAAAAGGAUUACUUAGGCGGGACCGUAAUACUGAUCAUCGUGCAGCGUAAUCCGAAGACAUUGCGGUCACCCCAGGAUGCCGAAAAAAAGUGGCUACGUAAACAGUAUGAAAUUUUGCCGCUGAUGUUUGGUGUUCAAAUACGUUCUAUAGAAGACGUAUGCAAACAUAUUCUUUCUUGUACUCAUUUGCAAAGAAUUACGCCCUCUUUGGAGUACAUACUCAAGGGAAGGGUAUCUUUUGUGCUUGGAAAUGUUUCUUUAAUUCCGGAAUAGUAAUGAGCUCAACCUGCAAUCAUGCUUGCGCUAUAGGUUUCAAAACUCCAUUCACCAUAGCUUCUGUUUAAGGAGAAUCAUGUAUUUGUUUAUGCUAUUAUGAAAGAUUCAUGUAGAGCUCAUGAAGUUUUGCAAUGGCUGUGGGCCAUGUUGUAUGCAUCAUAGGCGACACUAACAAACAUGCUGGUACGACGAUGUAUGAAUGAAAAUUUCGCGACCCUAAAAAAUCUCAAGAUUAGAAACUUUUUUAAAAAGGAAAAAUAUCCUUUUUCCUAGUAUUAAAAUAGUAGAAGGCGUAAUUCUUCACCAAAUGAAUGCCAGAAAAAAUAUCCUAGCAUGUGUUUUCUACAAAAUGUACUUGACUGUAUGGAGACAUCGAACACCAAAGGGGAAAAUGUUGUGCUGCUUACGAAGUCAUUUUGUGCCGAAUAUGGUUUAAUGCAGGUGCCCGGAAAUAAGCUCAUUUAAAAGCCGGCGUCCUGGGUUGCCUGACAUGUUUUGGGAUAAAGCUGCACGAUAAUCAGUGAUCCUUUCUAACCGAAAACGUAUUUCAAAAUUUAGGCCAACAUUUCAUGAAACAGCCCACUAACUGUACGUACUCAUUUAAAGAACUUAACCGUACGCUCUCUCCUUCGCCACCGGUGUUUUUUGUCUCUCAUCUUGUCGAUAGUACAGUUAACUGACAUUUCACAACAGUCAAACACUUCACUGAUCGAAUUCCCGAAGAGACUGCUCACCGUCUUUAUCUUCAUCUUUUGCUGCGGAGACGGUGUGACUAAUCAGACUUGAUCUACGUCAAACCUCCUUCAUUACGUCAGCUGAUCAAAAAACCAUCCAUACCAGCCCUGUCACGAGUACUGAGGUGCCAAGAGACAGAAUCAUCGAGCAUGGGGGGGGGAGGGAGGGGGUCGCCUCUGUCGCCCUGACGUACCUCGCGAGCACUUAACUGAAAUUCUGAGCUGCGUUUUCAAUUAUAUGAGGUUUCUUGGUUAGCAACGUAGUAGCGAUUAUCAUAAAAUCACUGGAUGCGUUCCUCUGGGGUCGUCUGCAAAAACCACACUUGUCAAGAGCAACUAACUCUGCACUUUUCCGUUGACUUUUGAUGUCCUUCUAGCGGCAAAUAUAUAUUUAUAGGGUAGAUGCACAAAUGUAUCUUUUCAUGUACUUAUUUGAUGAUAAAUUGCGUCUCCCAAUUGCAUACUUUAAGAAAGGGUGUGGUUCUCAGUUUCAAAAAAGCGUCUGUAAUUAUGGGACUUUUGAAGACGAGUGCGGCAAUUAUAGUUUAACCGUCGCAAACGACUAUGUCCACCGUGUACAGCAGAGCGUAAUGGACGCAGGACGGUGAAUUGCGUGCGAAUAGGCUUAUAGUGAAACCGACCGGCGCACAGCAUCUACCGCACCCACUUUGCCUCGAUGACAAGACGGUUUUAAAAGGAGUGGAGAUUAUACCAGCAGGAGAUGGCAUGACGAGAACUUGUGCGUGAACUGAUCAAUAAACCCCGUCUCUUUCUCUCUCUUUCCCCCAGUACAUACUCUACUCCUGUGACAAGGCAAAAUCGACUGGAGGUGGGUUUGGCUGCAGGGACUGA